CCGCGUGACCCGACGUGCCGGGCGCGCACGUAAGGGUCCCCCGCCCCAGCCGAAGGGGGCGAAGGCCGAGGGGCCGAGGCGGGAUCUCGGGUUUGAGAGAAAGCGGGGGCGUGGCUUCCUUGCUGGGUGGGCGGCCACUCUGCAGCCCCGCCCCCGUCGGCAGCUGACUCCGCGCGCCAAAAUCAAACCCGCGGGCCCGCCGGCCGGAGAACCUGCAAGGAGUGAGGGUUCCGCGUGCGGGUCCACGCGAGCUCCGCGGCAGCGUGAGCCCCGGCGCGCGCAAUCUGCGGCACCUCCCAGCCCCCUUGCCCAACGCCCUCGGGGCCGCCACGGGCGAGGCAUGGCCACUCCCCCCAAGAGGAGCUGCCCGUCUUCCCCAGCCAGCUCAGAGGGGAACCGCAUCAAGAAAAUUUCCAUUGAAGGGAACAUCGCUGCGGGGAAGUCAACAUUUGUGAAUAUUCUUAAACAAGUCUGCGAGGAUUGGGAAGUGGUUCCUGAACCUGUUGCCAGGUGGUGCAAUGUUCAGAGUACUCAAAAUGAAUUUGAGGAAUUGACAACAUCUCAGAAAAGUGGCGGGAAUGUUCUUCAGAUGAUGUAUGAGAAACCUGAACGAUGGUCUUUUACCUUCCAGUCCUAUGCCUGCCUCAGUCGAAUACGAGCUCAGCUUGCUGCUCUCAAUGGCAAGCUCAAAGAUGCAGAGAAACCUGUAUUAUUCUUUGAACGAUCUGUGUAUAGUGACAGGUAUAUUUUUGCAUCUAAUCUGUAUGAAUCUGACUGCAUGAAUGAAACAGAAUGGACCAUUUAUCAAGACUGGCAUGACUGGAUGAAUAACCAGUUUGGCCAAAGCCUUGAACUGGAUGGAAUCAUUUAUCUUCGAGCCACUCCAGAGAAAUGUUUGAAUAGAAUAUAUUUACGGGGAAGAAAUGAAGAACAAGGCAUUCCUCUUGAAUACUUAGAGAAGCUUCACUAUAAGCAUGAAAGCUGGCUCCUGCAUAGAACACUAAAAACCAACUUUGAUUAUCUACAAGAAGUGCCUAUCUUAACACUGGAUGUUAAUGAAGACUUUAAAGACAAACACAGCAGUCUGGUUGAAAAGGUAAAAGAAUUUUUGAGCACUUUGUGAUCUUUCCGAAGACUACAGACAGCCAAAUGAGUCCAGAUACUUCAGCUCUGUAUAUCUUUAUAGCUCCAUAUUCAUACAAGUCUCUCUAGAAAACCCAAGUUUUUUAAAAACAAUUUUUGUUAUAAGAAUUUUUUUGUAUGAAUCCUAUACAAAAGUUUAUAACCACUUUCUUUUCUUUUCUUUUUUGGGAGUUUUUAAAAACAAAGACUUUGGAGUUCCCUUGCAGUGCAGCAGAUUAAGGAUCCAGCCUUGUCACUGCUGUGACUUGGGUCGUAGCGGUGGUGUGGAUUCAAUCCCUAGCCCCAGAACUUCUGCUUGCCGUGGGUGUGGCAAAAAAAAAAAAAAAAAAAAGAGUUUUGGAGUUCCUUCUUUGGUGCAGUGGGUUAAGAAUCUGGUGUCUCUGUGGUGGCUCCCUGCUGAAGCGUGGUUUCCAUCCCCUCCCCAGAACAGUGUGUUAAGGAUCCAGUGUUGCCGCAGUUGUGACCUAGGUCACAUCUGUGGCUUGGAUUUGAUCCUUGGCCUGUGAACAUCCAUAUGCUGUUGGUACGACAAAAAAAAAAAAAAAAAAAAGACUUUUAAGUAUCCCUUACAAUAAGAAGUCAGGGUAGAUGGUUCCAGAAUCACAGUGUCUAAGCUCCAUCACAAAGGACCCAACCUCCUUCUCCCUUUCCCUCUAUCCUCCUCAGCAGGUUUUAUUUUGGUGCUGAUUGCUCAUUGACCAAUUUCUUACCUGCAAACUUUAAUAUUACAUAGUAAAUGGUAAUAUGUCCUGUGUAAAUUAGUGCAUCUAUUAAAUAUAAAAAGUGCAACUUAGGGAAUCCCUGGAAAAAGAAUUAUGAGGUUUUAUGUAAAAUGCUCAGGAUCAGGUGCCUUCCCUUCCACCUUAGUUUAUGUGAAGGAUAAUGUUUCUGUGUGUAAGAGAUAGUUGAGGAUUAUUACGUAAGUAUAAAGAUUCAUUUUAUUUGGUACUUAAAAUAGCUACCUGCUUUUUCCCUUCUCCGACCAUUCUUUUAGAGUGGGAUAUUACUCUUAUAGUUAAAAGAUUGACUUAAACUAUGAUUGUCCUUAAAUCAUUUGAGAUGGAAUUACAGUUUUCCUUAAAUUUCUUUCCAUUUGUAUAGAUAAAACAUUAGUGGGACGUAGGGAUAAAUUUUUCCAUCUUAUUUUUUAUUUUUUUUGUUUUUUUAUUUUUUAAU